AUGACGACGACGCAACACUCCCAUCAUGGCCUUCCGAAGCAGGUUGAAGGCGAGAACCACCUCAGAAACAAAGCUGCCCCAGGCAUCUCUUACUUCACUCCGUUGCAGGAUCCGCCAGCAGGAACUGCAAUUGGCAUGAAAGAUGGCAGUGAUAAGAUCCCGAAGCUCUUCACCCCACUCAAGCUUCGCGGUCUGACCCUGCAGAACCGCAUAGCGCUCUCUCCCCUUUGCCAGUACUCCGCCGAAAACGGCCACCACACGGCAUGGCACCUCACCCAUCUCGGCGGCAUAAUUCAGCGCGGCCCCGGCAUAUCCUUCGUCGAAGCCACUGCCGUGGUCCCCGAAGGGCGUAUCACCCCCGAAGACUCCGGCCUCUGGCAAGACUCGCAGAUUGAGCCCCUCCGCAGGAUCGUCGAGUUCGCGCACUCUCAGAACCAGAAGAUUGGUAUUCAACUUGCGCACGCCGGUCGCAAAGCUAGCACCGUGGCGCCAUGGCUGAGCAUGGGCGACAUUGCCACGCCUGAGCUGAACGGCUGGCCGGAUAACGUCUACGCGCCCAGUGCGAUCCCCUUCAACGAGAGGCACGCCAAACCGAAGGAGAUGUCGAAGCAGGAUAUUGAAAAUUUUAAAUCUGCGUUCAAGGCUGCCGUUGAGCGCGCUCUACGGGCAGGUUUUGACGCCAUCGAAAUCCAUAACGCCCACGGAUACCUGCUGCAUAGUUUCCUGUCGCCUGCAUCCAACCACCGUACCGAUGAGUAUGGCGGAUCCUUCGAGAACCGCACCCGCUUGACACUGGAGGUUGUCGAAAUCGCGAGGAAGACCAUUCCGGAGUCCAUGCCUCUGUUCCUGCGCAUUAGCGCUACCGACUGGCUUGAAGAGCAAGGCAUCGACGGCUGGACCGUGGAUCAGACAGUGAAGCUCGCUGAGAUACUCGCAGAGAAGGGUGUCGACCUUCUCGAUGUCUCGUCGGGCGGCCUUCACGAGAAGCAGAAAAUCAAGGGCGGCCCAGGAUACCAAGAGCCCUUCGCCAAAGCGGUCAAGGACAAAGUCGGCGACAAGAUGCACGUCGGCACCGUGGGCUCCAUCACCGAGGGCAAGCAGGCCAACGGGUACCUCGAGAACGAUAACCUGGAUCUUGCCUUUGCCGGCCGCAUGUUCCAGAAGAACCCCGGUCUCGUAUGGGCGUGGGCGGACGAUCUUGGUGUUGAGGGACGAUGGGCGAACCAGAUCCGCUGGGGGUUUGGAGGUCGCGGCAAGAAGUGA